AUGAAGCGAAAGCUAGACGCAAACGACGUGCCCUCAACCGAGGCCAAUGAGGCGGAAGAAGUGAAGGGUGCCGACAGAGACGAAGAUUUCGAAACCCUCAAUCUCGAUCCUCGAUUGCGCCAAGCCCUCGUUAAAGAGAAGUUCAGCAAACCCACGCCGGUACAAGCGAAAGCUAUUCCCCUAGCUCUUGAAGGGAAAGAUAUAUUAGCUCGCGCAAAGACUGGCUCCGGAAAGACAGCGGCAUAUGUCCUUCCUAUCUUACAAACGAUCCUUCAGAAAAAGGCGAUCGACCCUUCCAUGAAAGCGACCACUGGUCUGAUUCUAGUCCCUACACGAGAGCUCGCGGAACAAGUCCAGAAGGUUAUCACUACAUUCGCUGCGUUCUGCGGCAAGGAUGUUCGAUCGGUCAAUCUUACACAGAAGGUCUCGGAUGCGGUUCAGAAAGCGAUGCUUGCGGACUAUCCUGACAUUGUCGUAUCAACGCCUGCUCGUGUCAUUGCCAACCUGGGUACCUCGGCUCUAUCCCUGGAGAACCUUACGCACCUCGUUAUCGAUGAGGCCGACUUGGUGCUUUCAUACGGAUAUGAAGAUGAUAUAAACGCUUUGUCGAAGGCUAUUCCGCGGGGCGUACAGACGUUCCUGAUGAGCGCAACUCUCACCGCGGAGGUGGAUACACUGAAAGGAUUGUUCUGUCGCAGUCCUGUGAUUCUGAAGUUGGAGGACAAGGACGAUCAUGGUGCCGGUGUUAGCCAGUUCGUUGUCAAAUGUGCGGAAGACGAAAAGUUCCUUCUCACGUAUGUGAUUUUCAAAUUGCAGUUGAUCAAGGGAAAAGUCAUCAUAUUCGUUGGGGACAUUGAUCGAAGUUACCGCUUGAAGCUGUUUCUGGAGCAGUUUGGGAUCAAGAGCUGCAUCCUCAACUCCGAAUUGCCCGUCAACUCGCGGAUACACGUCGUUGAGGAAUUCAACAAGGGUGUCUACGACAUUAUCAUCGCCGCCGACGAACAAGAAGUCCUUGGAGUAUCAAAAUCAAGGAAGUCAAAAGACGCCACCGAAGGUGACGACGAGCUUCUGAGCGACGAAGAUGAAGAAACAUCCGCAAAAGCCGCCUCCACUCGCACCGACAAACGCCGCAAGCUCUCCUCAAAAGAAAAAGACUACGGCAUCUCCCGCGGAAUCGACUUCCAAAAUGUUGCCUGCGUCCUCAAUUUCGACCUCCCUACCUCCUCCAAAUCCUACACUCACCGCAUUGGCCGCACUGGCCGCGGCGGCAAAACAGGAAUGGCCCUCUCCUUCGUCAUUCCCGCCGACAAAUACGGCAAGCACAAACCCACCUCCAUCUCCUCCGCUAAACACGACGAAGCCGUUCUCGCCAAAAUCAUCAAGCGCCAGGCUAAACUCGGCCACGAGGUCAAACCAUACCACUUCGACAUGACACAGGUCGACGCAUUCCGGUACCGGAUGUCUGAUGCUCUACGAGCCAUCACUCGUCUUGCUAUACAGGAAGCCCGCGCGCGCGAAAUCCGUCAGGAACUCGUUAAAUCUGAGAAGUUGAAGCGCCAUUUUGAAGAGAAUCCCGAGGAACUCCGGCAGCUGCGUCAUGAUGGGGAGCUCCGUGCUGCACGUAUUCAGCCGCACUUGAAGCAUAUCCCGGAAUAUCUGAUGCCGGCAAAGGGCAAGAAAGGGAUCUCCAAUGAGGACGUGGGCUUUGUGAGUUUAAGGAAGACGGGGCCUGAGAACCGGAUUCGGAAGGCUAGAGAUAGGAAUCGUGGGAGGGGUAAGAAGCCCGGGAGGAAGAUUGAUCCGCUGAAGACGUUCAAUCGGGGAAGGAAGUGA